AUGUCGGCAUUCCGUCAGGCUUCCUUUCGCGUUGGACAAAAGGAGAUCUACCUCCCAAAGUUUGCCAUUGCGCUCUUACGACAAGAAGGCGGAAAUCCAUACCACGCCCGAUUCAGAGUCCCACUGUGGUUUUCCAAACUCGACAUUCGCGAUUACUUAUGGCACGCCUACGGCGUUGAGAUUUCGGCUGUACGCUCAUACGUUAAGCUCCGCCCUGUCCAACAGGGUGAUGGACGAUCGCCACGGCCACAGAAUCACGUCUCGCGAUGGCAUCGACCGCGGUCACAUAAAUACAUGACUGUUGAGAUGACGGAGCCGUUCAUCUGGCCAAAGGAUAACUCGGACGAACCGUCUUUUGGGAAGGAAAGCUUGAAAGCACAGGACAAAGAUUCAGAGGACCAGCAGAAAAGAAGUGGGCCGACUUCCGACACCGAGCGCGCGGAUCCGGUGCAUGUGAGCAAGAUGAGGGAGCAGGCGCAGGCGCUUCUACUGGGGAAAACGAAGUGGGCCGCGCCGCGCGAUUCCGACAAACUCCGUCCCUUCACUUCUUCAAGAUGA